UAAAAAACCCUUUUUUAACAAAUGGGGUAACCUCUCCUCUUCCCACCUCAACAAUGGCGCACCACCCCCUCCGCUUCUCCUCCCUCCUCCGCCCCCUCCUCCUCCUCUCCGCCGCGCUCUCACUCCUCCUCCUCCUCCUCCUCCUCCUCCGCUCCCCCUCUUCCCCCUCCACCACAACCACCAGCUUCGCCGCCGCUCCACCGUCGACGCCGGAGACGACGAAGACCUCGCCGCGGCACCUCCUUUUCGGGAUCGCAUCCUCCUCCCGCUCCUUUUCCCGCCGCAGGGAGAUCCUCCGCCUCUGGUGGCGCCCCGGGGCCGCCCGCGGCGUCGUCUUCCUCGACUCCCCGCUCCCCAGCUCCGACGAUGGCGACGACCGCGCCCUCCCCCCCACCCGCGUCUCCGCCGACGCCUCCCGCUUCCCCUACUCCUUCCGCGGCGGCCUCCGCUCCGCCAUCCGGGUCGCCCGCAUCGUCAAGGAGCUCGUCGACGACCCCCCCGGCUCGUCGUCCUCCUCCGACGACGACCAUGGCGACGUGCGGUGGGUCGUGCUCGGGGACGACGACACCGUGUUCGUCCUCGAGAACCUGGUAGAUAUCCUAGCGAAGUAUGAUUGGCGGGAGUGGUACUACGUCGGGGGGAGGUCGGAGAUGGCUGAUCAGAACGCGAAGCACUCGUUCGGCAUGGCGUUCGGGGGCGGGGGGAUCGCGAUCAGCUACCCCCUCGCUAGGGUUUUGGCUAGGGUUUUGGAUUCAUGCUUGAUGAGGUACCCCCAUCUCUACGGGAGCGACGCGAGGAUCUAUGCUUGCUUGGCCGAGCUUGGGGUGGAGCUCUCCUACGAGCCCGGGUUCCAUCAGAUUGACCUUCACGGAGACAUUUCUGGGCUGUUGACUGCACACCCGCUAAGCCCUUUAAUAUCGCUCCAUCAUUUCGAUAGAGUUGCUCCACUGUUCCCCGGCAUGAACCACACAAUGGCCUUGAAGCACUUCUUCAAAGCAGUUGAAGUCGACCCACGGGGGAUUCUACAGCAAACUGUUUGUUACGACCGAUUGCGAUCGCGCACAGUUUCAGUUUCUUGGGGUUAUGCAGUUCAAGUAUUUGAAGGCAACCAGUUGCUUCCUGAUGUCCUCUCUGUACAGAAGACAUUUUUCCCAUGGAAAAGAGGUCGCAAUGCUUCUUCUUAUGGUGUUUAUAUGUUUAACACCAGGGAGUAUCCAAGAGACCAGUGUCAACGACCCACAAUUUUCUUUCUAAAAAAUAUGUUGGUCGAGAAGGAUAGAAUUCAAAGCAAUUAUAGUAGGCAUUUAUCUGGAAAGUGCUUGCUAAGCCCCAACUCAGCAAGGAAUCUACGGAUUGUCACAGUGAACUCCCAGAGACUUAUUCGGACAAUAGGGAAGGCUCCGAGGCGACGUUGCUGCAACGUAUUGCGUUCUUCCUCUGAUAUUUUCAUGAACAUAGAGAUCAGGAAAUGUAAAGAUGAUGAGUUGAUCGCCAUGCGACCAUAGUAACCAGGAUUUAGCUGAGUAGCAAAAGUUCUGCUGAAAAUUAGCUGCCAGGGUUCCUUCUUCACAUAUUUGUAGGGGCAGCACCAAACCUAACUUUCCGCAGAAUGAGUUGGGGUCAUUUGACCAGAUACUCACAUUGUACACAGUGCAGCUAGCACCAUUGUUCUUCUUCCUAUACUGCUAUUUAAGGGGAUACAUGAGAUAGAUAGGUUUUUCGAGUCGAAUACAACUAUCUUUUUUUGUUGUUUAAUCAUAGUUACAAACACAUAUAGAAGAAAAGGCUUAGGGUUUUCAUACACUUACACAUACAAGCUUUUGGCAUUGGCUUUUGCAAACAUAUUUACAUGUUCUUUGUUGCUAGAAAUAGUCCCCCUUUGCCAAAAAACACUUUGUAAAGUUAUUUUGGAAUCAACAUUUUAGUUCCGAAGGUUGCACC